AUGUCUACCGGAGACCCUGGGUCCCCACUGCCGGCACCGCCACCACCGGUAUCCGCCACCAGCGUCCAGCCCCCCCGCGACCGGAUCCCGAUAAGCUCGAAGAAGACGCAAGUCACGGGCCCCGCCACCGCCGCACCCAACUAUGCUGCCGCUGCGAGUCAGAUGGCGACUCAAACACCUGAACAACAGAAACAACAACAACAGCGUGCCAAGGCUCUGGGCAGCCUCCUACAAGCCAUGGGUGCUGUACCCGGAAACCGCAUGGAUCGCUGGGUCCAGGCCAUCUACUUCGCCGAACUCUACCCCGUCGCCACCGCCACAUCGCUGAAAUUUUCGGCCUUGAACGCGAACCGGUCCGUCGAGAACAUCUUCGAUUACGCCCUUGAAGUGACUCUGUCUCACCAGAGCGCCUCGCGAGCGACUCAUGCCGACAAGAUCGAUCUCGUGGCCUGCGUCACGAGGCUGCUAUCGCCCAUCUCUCCUAUCUGCUUUGAGCCUGGAGUUCCUCUGCCGGACCAUCUUGCGGCUUAUCAACCACAGAUCUUAGGCGUACAACAUUCAUCAAUCCUGCGUAAUGGGGCGGCUCACCAUCGCGUUACGGUUGGGUUCGUCACCGGCGAGGCACGUGACGCGGCGCUCACGACGCCCCCCGCUCUCACUUGGCGAUCGGCGAAGGCCCGCUUCGCGAAGUCUCACAGGUUCCACCAUAACAUGGUCGAGCUUCGAAUCAACGUCGGUGUUCAAGGAGUGCCCUCCAUGGAUGCCAUCAUCAAAUCGUUCCAAUCACUUGUGCAAGACCUGUCAGGCAAGGGACAUUCAUGCCAACUUGUGCAGGUUCUGCGCGUUAUCAGCGUGGACAACGCCUCGGCCUUCGCCCACGUUGCCGGAGACUACUCGGCUUUCCUACACUUCGAUGACGACUCCCUAUUCCAACGCCCCAACACGACCUUGAAGGAGAUUCUACCUUCGAGGAUCGACCUUCCCACUCGAGGCAUCCCGGUUACCGCCCUUCGCCAUGACUAUGAGAAGGAGGCGGCUUGCGGUAGGUGCCACUUUGUGGGUCACGUGGGAACCUGCGGACUGGAUCAGGAGAGGAAGCGGAAGGAGGCUCACAACGGCAUCAUCAACAGCAACAAAAACACCAUCACCCACAACACCAACAUCGCGGAGGCCGAGGCCCCCAUUCCUGUGCUGGUUGUUAACAGGAUCGCAUCACAGAAUCACUUCGCCGGGCUCGAGGUCGAGGAGGGACAGGAGGAAGAGGUAACUGGCCAGGGCGAACAGGGACCGGAGGAAUCGGGGGAGGAAGACGCUGGUGAUAAGGCGGAUGACGAGGACUCGGAGGACUCGGAGAUGGAAUCGGAGGCGGCCGCGAAAACGGAGGUCAUCAAAAUUGAAAGCGAGGACGAGUCGGUCUUGGAGGACUGCAGCGGAUCCGAUGGAGAGGUGAUUGAUGAGAAUGAGGUGAUGGCGGAUGAAAGAGGUGAAACGGAAGGAGAGGUGGCUACGGAGAUGGAGGAAGAGGAGGUGGCGACGGAGGUGGGCGAUGUGGACGAAGCGAGGGGAUCGACGAAAGCGGAGAAUGCGGAAGCGACGGACUUAGGGGAAACGAACAGGCUGGACAAUGACGACGACAGCGACGCCACAGCAACCGCCGCCACCGCUUCCCGCGAAUCGACGCCGCAUGAACCAACCCCACCUCUGUCACCCGAAACUCUCGCCAAGUCGCUACGCGAGGGGGAGGAGUGGGACAGGAUCAGAGCUAACUGGGUUGAGCAGGCACGACUUGAGCGGGACCAAAGCAUCGAGAGGAGGCUCAACGCUGAAACCCCUCUGGUGCGUCACAACUUUGCCACGUGGGACGAGGACGGUGAGAUACGCUCCAUCAACAUCAGGGGGACCGCUGCGAAGUUCAAGAAGCAGGUGAUGAAGAGGUCGCAGACUGCGGCGGACCUCAGUGACCCAAGUGACGAACCGACCGACGCCAAGCGAGUCAUCAUCAAAGGGAAGAGCCGCGUCGUGGUGAAGGAUGGAAUAGAGGGGCGGAGGGUGACGAGGUCGAUGUCGGCGGCAGCGGCGAUGCAGGUCGAGGUGACGAAGGUGGACAGAGGGAAAGGAAGAGGGGUAGCUGAGGAAAAACGAUGGUCCGACCACGAGCCCGAGGACGAUGUCCUGCCCGCCCUUCCCCUCUUUGAGGACGUCACCACCGCCAAGAGCGCCUCGACCUCGACUACCCAUUAAUGAUCAAGCACACCAUCAUCACCUGGAACGUAAGAAGGGGCAUGGGGGUCCCGGAAAAACGACGUAAUAUCUACACCUACCUUUCCACAUUCAAAGCUUCCGCGAUUCUCUUACAAGAGCAUUUCAUCAGACCACAAUUCUGGCAGCUCAUCAAGGACGAGUACGAGGGCAAGCUCUUCAUCAACCAGCACUGCCUGACCCUGAUCCCGGCCGACUCGCCCCUGAUCGACGCCGAGCUCUUGCGCACCCACUCGGCACUCGACGGCCGGCUCCUCGUCACCUCCUUUCGUCUGCGGGGCGACAUCAAAAUUCUAGAAAUCAAUAACCUCUACGCGCCCGUUGACCCAAAACAACGAGCAAAAUUCUUCGACAAACUGAUCCUCCACAAAACACAGAAAUCCCACCUCCGACUCCUUGGCGGCGAUCUCAACGACUGCCCGCGCCCAGAAGUCGAUCGGCGGAACCAAAGUCGGCGCGGCCACCACUGGCCGAUUCUGAUGGGCAAGCUCGACUCGGCCUACACGGACUGCAUCCGCUACAAGCACCCCAUCACCCCAUCUUUCACUCGACCUAAUCCCAAUCGCAAGCGACCCAACUCCUUCUCCCGGCUUGACUACUUUCUCCUACAAAGAGCUCACCAAAAAAGGCUCGACCAGGCCUCGACGAUCUACGACUAUCCCAAGGAUCUUUCCGAUCACCGACCGGUCUUGAUCGUACUGGCUCUCUCAGACGAUCUUGAUGCGGCUCUCCCACAGCUCAGCCUACCUACCACAUCCAACCAACUACAUCGAAUCAAUACCACAACCUUCAAGACGGUGGAAUUUCAGCGGAUGAUGGAAGGAUGGUUGGAAGGGGCAAGCGGGGAGGAUCCGGUGCGAGAGCUUGAGGAGGUUCUGGAGGCGUGCAGGGACAGGGGUGGGGAGAUGGCGAGGAGGCUGCAUCGGGAGCGGACGGAACGGAUGGAGUAUUUGGUGGGGAGGGUGCAGGAUCUGGAGGCGUUACCGGUAUGGGGGGAGGCGGAAACGGCAGAAUGGACAAGGACGUCCGAGGAACUCAAGCGGGCGGUCGAGGAGCGCGCGCGCCUACUCCGGAUCCGAGCCCACGUCCCCGAGAUCGCUUCCGAGGAACGACUGUCGCGGCCGGUCCACGCCAAGCUCGCGGCGCGGAACUCGGACUCCAAGAUCACAGCACUGCGCUUGGGCAACGGAGAGCUAACGCAUGACAUUGAUGUCGCUCUUGACCACACGCAGGCGCAUUUCCAGCGCCUCUACCACAUCGAGCCUCGUGAUCCGGAACGCGUCGACCGACUUCGGGACGAACUCCUCGUGCCGAUCAGGGCGGCACGGACUUGCGACGACCCGCGCUCAGAUCCGCUCUUUCUGCGCCGACUCUCGGAAGCGCAGAUUGAUCUCCUCCAGCAACCCAUCACCGAGGACGAGGUCGUGGCCGCGAUCGGGACGACGCACCCGGGGCGAUCGCCGGGCCCGUCGGGCGUGCCUUACGAACUCUAUCAGACCGCACCGGAGGCGUGGUCCAAGGUGCUGACCAAGGCCUACAACGCGAUGAUCGAGCGCGGUUCACUCUCUCCCAAGCAGGGCCAGGGACUCGUGCGCCUCAUCUUCAAGCGCCACAAGAAGAAUGCCGAUCGCGCCGAACUCUCGUCGUAUCGCCCCAUCACCCUGCGCGAGUGCGAUUACAAGAUUUUUACCAAGGUCUACGUCGCCCGAUUGAACCAAAUUCUGCCCGAUCUCCUCCCGCCGCAGCAGCACGGCUUCGUCAAGGACCGCCGAUCGGCCGACGCUGCACUACACCUUCGUCUCCUGAUCGAGGAACUUGGCGCGCGCAGGACCGAGUUCCCCGCGGCCGCGCUCUUGUCUCUUGACCAAUCAUCCGCCUACGACCUCGUCGAGCAUGACUGGAUCUUUGCCAUUUUCGACGCUCUGGGCGUUCCUACCACCUUUCUUCGCGUGCUGAGGAUGCUCUACUCGGGUGACUCGACCUCGGCGCGCUACAUCAUCAAUGGGUUCCUGACGGCGCCGGUGCGACUGACGUGUGGGCUCGGCCAAGGGGACCCGGCGUCAUCGUCGGUCUGGGACAUCGUGUUUCAGCCGUUCCUGGAUGCUCUACACCGUCGAAACAUCGCGCUGAAUCUCUCCAUACCUGCACUUCAUCCGUACCCACAGAGCCGCGCCAUUACAUCACUUGCAUUUGCCGAUGACGUUGUCGUCGCCGUCGCGGGCUUGGAGUCACUCAACUUGCUCGAUGACCUGGCGCUCGACUGGAGGCAUGCAACGAAUGGCCGGCUCAACACGGACAAGACGGUCGUCCUACCGAUUGGACGUCGCUGGGACCCUGGGGAACGGCCAAUCGUCGUCAAGGCCGCAGGCGAGUCGCUCGAGUGGAUCGGCCUCCCCUUCGACCCCAGCGGCGACACCGAACUCGCCUACGCGAAUCUCAUCGAACGGCUCGAGGCGACGCUGGAAGCGGUUCAGCAUCGCUGGCUCACGCACCACACCCGUGCCUUUUACGUCAAUUGGUACGCCAUUCCCAAGAUCCUGCAUUUCCUUGCAGCCGACAUCCCGCCGCCCGAAGUCGUCAAGAAGCUCGAUGACAUGCUCGUCGAUUUCGUCCGUGGGGGCAAGGGCAGGACCAGCUACGGCAGAGACAUUGUGUUCACCGCCAAGAACAAGGGGGGACUCGGGGUGAUAAGGAUGCGGGACGUUGUGGACGCGGUUGCGGCACGGCUCUGGGACGUUCUUCUCGGCGGUUCCGGCGCGAUUUGGCAAGGACUUGCGCGCGCAGCACUCCAGCGAGCUCAGCCCGACCUCGACCUGGCCACCGAUCUCUGGCCACAUCCAUCCACUCCCAUCCCCAACGACCUUCAUCCCCGAUGGCACGCCGCACUGGGCGUUCCGAAACUUCACGACGUGCAGGUCAACCCGAGGGCCUUGACCACCGCGAACCUGCUCGCGCUGCCCACCCUGCUCGGCAGCCUCCACACCCCCAUCAGAGGGAGACAGACCAUCGACGCGGUUCAUGUACCUGACUACCUUCGUCUCCAGGGCUACCCGAAGGUGGCGGAUCUCUAUCGGCGCGAGUUGUAUGCGGGUGGGGGGUUUCACCUCUGGACGCCGCCGGCGGAUGUGCUCGGCGACAACAGCGAGUACGAUCGACGCGGGCUCCCGCAGCGACUGGCAAUCGCGGCCUGGUACCGGUUCACUGUCGAUCGACACAAGAACACCCCCUUGGCGGCGGCGGUGGCGGCGGGACGACUCAACGUGCCUCCCCGGAUCGGCACCAGCGCACCACUCGAGGCGAUCAUCCCCAAGCCCGUGGCCCGCUUCGCAAUGGAGCAGCGCCUUCCGGACCCGGUGCUUCCACAACAGGCGAGCCAGUAUACGCUGCUGAACAUGGCUCGCCCCUACACAGUCCGUCGCAUCCGCCGGGUCCUGAACGCGAAGGCAUUUACCAACAUGCUCGGGCUCAAGGGACCACCGCAGCCGGACGACCUCAGGAGCUUCUGGAAGGCAGUCAACUCGAAGGCACUGACAGCGAGGGAGAGGGAAGUUUGGUUCAAGCUGAUCCUCCGCUUCACCCCGACGCGCAAGCUCCAGCACGAGCAAAAGCAUGUCACUUCUCCCGCGUGCCUCGUGUGCGAAGCGCCGGUGGACGACACCGAUCACUACUUCUUCGGCUGCGUCGACUCGCGGAACGUCUGGACCGCGGCAAGGGGCGUGCUCUGCGACGCGCUCGGAUGCGACACGAUCGAGGACGCCGAGUACACGACACUACAACGACUCUUUGGCCUCCCCAAGCUCAAGGCCAAGCUCAGCGAACAGGAAGGCGCAGGCAGGACGAUCGAGAUCUUCACGGGGAUGGUCUUGGAGAUGAUCAGCAGUGGGAGAUGGAGGAUGCAGAAGCACGGGACGAGGAUGGAAAGCCUGGAGCGGAGGAGGGUGGUACUGGAGGAGAGGAUGAAGUUGAGGGCGGGGGGAGCAAGGGGCGGGCGAGGGCAGUAG